AUGACUGUACGGAUCCCCGGCGAGUGCGCAGUGUUGGGUUCGCGCCUAGAGAGACCCGCUCGGCCUGGGUUUAGUCGGCUGUGCUCAGCAGCAGACGGAUAUCGCCCUCCACGUAAUUUGGAGGCGGCCGUCUGCGCUGCGCUGCACGCCCCGCAGGAACGCCGGCCGCACCCGCGCUACGCCCCCGACGUGAAACAAGGAGUGAAUAUUCAUACCUCGGAGAGGGCGCAGUGCGAAAACCGCGGAAAACGUUUCGGGCCAAGUUGCGCCCCGCCGCUGCCGCUGCAGCCGGGACAAGCCCCUGCAAACCGCUCCUCCCCUACUGGCGCCCGCCGCGGCGGUCUGCUCUCGUGCGUGGUCGCCGGCUUUCUGCCGGCCGGGCAGCGCAGCGCCGGAGCGCCGCCGCCCCCGGCCCCGCCACCGCCGCCGCCGCCCCCGCCGCCCCCGCGCGCGCGACGCGCCCCCCUUCCCGCCCCUCCGCCACCCGUCCGGCGCCCGCCGCCGCCACCCCCUCUCCCCUACCCGGCGGCACCCCCUGCCACCCAGCGGCGCUCGGCUGCGUCCGCCACCCCCGGCUCGGGCGCGUUCGGCGCCCUUCGGCGCCCCCGGACCACAGCGGCGCGACGCCGAGCGCCAGAGUGGUGGCAGUCGCGGAACAGUGAGCAGCAGCACAGCCGGCGCACCGCACCUCCGCGACCGACGGCCAACUGCGCAUCACCUCAGCCGCACAACUCCACACCGCCCCCCGCUCUCACGUUCGUACACACGCACACGCCUGCUGCGACGAUGACGCCGGUGCGGUCGGCCGUGCAGUGA